AUGGGUCUAUCAUGGGGUGGAUAUAUCGCGCUUUAUUAUUUAACUCAUGUUCUUUUGUAUCCUAUUAUAUACGUUUUUCUGGUAAUGACAAUACCACGUCAUUUAAUGUUAUGGAUUGGCGAAACAAUCUUUUCAUGGGAGGAUGUUCGACGUCGGCAAAACAAGAAUAAACCACUGACAGGUGAAAGUACAGAAAUGAACGUAAAUGUGGCUACAAACACGACCAUGAAAACUAACAUCACUUUGACGAUAAAUUUAACCGAACAAACCGAUAUGACUAUACAAGAUGCAAACAGCGACGAUACAGAGUGUAUAUGCGAAGCAUUUUGGAAUUUCUUCAAGAGCCUAUGCAAAAAAGUAUGGUGUUGUAAGUCUUGUCCAAGUUCGAGAUGCGCUAGCUGUUGCGAAUGGAUUUGUGAAAAGCAUAAUUCAGUAGAUAUAGAGAAUUCGAGCGAACAUUUCGAACGGCAACAUGCUCGACAAUCUUUCAAUUGCUGCGAUGUCAUUGGCUCGUACAUGAAAGACUCAGCGAGUAUAUACAUGGUGUUAUGUUUGUCGAUUUGGUGUGCAGCAAUUGCUUUCUUCGAAGGAAUUGUAAUGGGCUAUGCACCUGUUGGGAAAGGUGGCGAUUGCCCAAUACCGAAAAAAGGAACGUACGACAUCACUAUGGAUUGCUUUGUCUAUAAGAAUAAGUUUGAUUCUGUUCCUAUAAGCACAACAUUAUCGAUUCCUUGCAACCACACACUUCAAAUUCAGUACAAUGACGAAUGGUCAUGGGCAGCGUGCUAUGCUUGGAUCUCCCCAAAUGUGGAAGUAGUCGAUGCUCUAGAUGCACUCGGAACUUGUACCGGUAUAACAGCAUUUAUUGGCACAGCAGCCAUAAUAAUCAACUUUUUAUGCAAAUAUCAUCUAUGGCGCUUCAUCUUUGACAUUGUAGUAGUACUCUCUCUUAUAGCCAUUCCAGUGUUGAUAAAAUAUAACGGUCAUGUACCGUUUCUGACAUACACAUUAUUUGCAGCAUUGAUUGGCAACAUUAUGGCUGUAGAAUAUCAUCAUGAAUUCGUUCCUUUACUCACAAUUUGUUGCAUUGUAAAGUGCUGUUUCUGUCGCAUGGAAACAAUUUGUCGCAAGUGGAAAAUAUACCCGGCUAAUUAA